AGGGACGGGGGCGGGGCCGACGGGGGCGGGGUUUGGCGAAGGAAACUGAGGCAGGACGGAAGUCUCCCAGAGUUGGAGCGGGUCCCCCUCCAACCGACUCAAGAGCAGGGACCCCCAGCCCAAUUUUCUUGGAUGUGAAAGCAGGGAAUCUCCAUUUAUGAGUAUCUUGGAGGAGGGGCCGCAACCCUAGAACCUGUGGGUCUGAGGGAGGAGGCGUCUGAAGUCCAAGAAACUUAGUCUGCAGGAGGAGGCAUCUGGGGAACCAGGUCACCCUCGCUGAGGGAGGAUGGUUCAGGGGCCUUGGGCCCCUGGGUCUGAGGAAGGAGACAGCUGUGGGCCUGCACACAGUCUGACGGAGGAGGCAGCGGGCACCCUCACUCCCUGUAGUGGUGUGGUAAACCUCUGCCCCUGAUCACACUCAACACUUCCCAUUCCCCCACCUCGGAGCCUGGCCAGCCAGACACUCCAGGUGGUUGCCCCCUCCUUCUCCUGAGAUGUCAGGGAGGAGACUACCUGUAUCCUACACAGGGGCCCCACACAGCCUGGGGGCCCCCAGCCCCAGAGUGAGGAGGUGGAGGUGCUGUUGACAGGUGUGCAAAGCCAUGCUCCCUCGCCACUCCUGCUCUCUCCUCCUUUUCCUUCUCCUCCUCCCCAGCGUCCCCAUGGAGCCCCAACCCCCCUCCUCCACCCUGCCCCCUUUUCUGGCUCCUGAGUGGGACCUCUUGUCUCCCCGAGUGGCCCUGUCAAGGGGCACCCCUGCCGGGCCCCCUCUCCUCUUCCUGCUGGAGGCCGGGGCCUAUGGGGAGCCGGCAGGGGCCCCAGCCAACCGCAGCCGGCGCGGGGUGAGUGAGACGGCACCGGCAAGCCGCCGGGGUGAGCUGGCAGUGUGCGAUGCAGUGAGUGGCUGGGUGACCGACCGGCGGACAGCUGUGGACUUGCGUGGGCGCGAGGUGGAGGUGCUGGGCGAGGUGCCUGCGGCAGGUGGCAGUCCCCUGCGUCAGUACUUCUUCGAGACGCGCUGCAAGGCCGAAAGCGCUGGGGAAGGUGGCCCAGGUGUGGGCGGAGGGGGCUGUCGCGGCGUGGAUCGGAGGCACUGGCUCUCAGAAUGCAAGGCUAAACAGUCCUAUGUGCGGGCGUUGACUGCAGACUCUCAGGGCCGCGUGGGCUGGCGCUGGAUUCGGAUCGACACCGCUUGCGUCUGCACGCUCCUCAGCCGAACAGGCCGUGCCUGACGUCCAGGCUUGGGAACCGCUCAGGUUGAGGAGGAAAAAAAAAACCCUGGAUGCUGAAAGGACCACAGGGAUGGCUCGACUGCUCUACCGUGCCUUCUGACUGUGAACUGAAAUAACCACAGAAUCAAAUCUCUCUCAUUUUGAGAGCUCAGUCUGUGUGGAAUGUAUGAGGAAACCAAAUGGGGUUUCAACUGAUGAAUAGGAGUUCUCCCGAAGGAACUUGACAUUAAUAAUAGCCAAUGUUUACUAUC